GAAUAACGUAUAUGGUCUCUUAAUUUGCCGCAUGAACCACGGUCAUCCAUGGUAAAGGACUUGUAAUUUAGUGGCGUUGGUGAUGGGGUAGGUUAGGUAUUUUGAGCUAUAGUUCGAUUGCCAUUUUACUUGAGAAAGGAUCAUGCAAGAGAAAUUUUGUGAAGCUUCAUCAUAAAUUUGCAUGCGUACUACAUGAUUGAUGCAUGUUGCCACUACUAACGUCGUUCUUGGUUCUGAUGAAUGGUACUCCUUAUGGGUUCUUCUCUCCGUCCAGGGGCCUCAGACAAGGUGACCCUCUCUCUCCGUUGUUGUUCGUCAUUUGCACAAAGGGGUUUGCUGCGCUCCUGCGUAAGGUCAUCUCGGAGAAAAAGUUGGAAGGAGUCAAGGUGUCACCUCGCGCACCCAGGAUUUUCCACUUGUUCUUUGCGGAUGAUUCUUAUCUAUUCAUGUGUGGCUCUCUCCAGGAAUGUGAGAACUUAAUUGAUGUCCUUAAUGAUUAUGAGGAACUCAGUGGUCAGAGGGUUAACUUAGCUAAAUCGGCAGUUUGCUUUAGCAAAAAUAUUCGUUUACCGGACCAAGAAUUCUAGGCUCAGAUUCUGGGGGUCGGUGCGGUGGGGGUUCAUGAAAAUAUUUAGGUCUCCCACUCUCCCACGCUUAUUGCCCGAUCGAAAUUGGCUACUUUCCGGUAUUUGGAAGCAAAGUUGCUGGAGCGACUGCAGGAUUGGAAACAGAGGACUUUGUCCUGGGCUGUUAAGGAAACCCUGAUUAAGUCGAUUGCGUUAGUGCUACCUUUGCAUGUUAUGUCUUGUUUCAAGCUUCCCCUGUCUCUAUGCCAGCUCCUCGAUAAACAUGUUGCUCACUUCUGGCGGGGUGCUACUGAGGGUCAACCACGGAUUAGGUGGAUAUCCUGGCGUAAUAUGUGCAAAAGUAAGCAUGAUGGGGGGAUGAGGUUCCGCCGAUUUGAGCAUUUCAAUCAGUCUUUGUUAGCAAAAAUUGGUUGGCGAAUUCUUAAUGAACCUCAUUCCCUUCUGGCUCAAGUGUAUAAAGGGAAGUAUUUUCCUAUUGGAACCUUUCUUAACGCUAUAGCUCGUUCUCACCCUUCUUGGGACUGACAAAGUAUCUUAUACGGUCGACAACGGCUAGAUAUGGGUUUACGAUGGCAAAUUGGGAAUGAGAAUACUGCUUCUCUUCUUCAGUCCAGUUGGGUUCUCGAUCUCAUCCUUGGCCCCUCGUGCCUAACCCUUGGGUGUUGCCGAAAGGGGGGACCCUAAGGUUGAGGAGGUGAUCUGUCAUGGCGAAGGGCGCUGGUGUGAUGAGAAAGUUAGUCAAUGGUUUGAAAAUAUCGACCUGCGCGGCUAUGAAAGUUAUUCCCUUGCCUCGACACGAUGUGGAGGAUCGCCUCAUUUGGCAUAGCUCAGCUGAUGGAACUUUCACAGUUAAAUCGACUUAUCAUCUUGCAGUUUCUCUUGGAAAACAAAGGGGGCGAUGGCGGUCUACGGCUAGUUGGAUGGAUAAAGCCAGUUGGAUUCGUCUGUGGGAGGCUAAUAUUUCUUCCAAAUUAUAAAAGUCUUCGUGUGGCAUAUAUUCCACUGAAUCCUCCCAACUACUGAAGCCCUGCGGGAGAAGGAUGUUCCGAUGCUCCCUAGGUGCCCGGUUUGCUGGGCUGAGUCUGAAACAAUGGAACAUUUGUUUUUGUACUGCCCGGUGGCGCGAGCUCUUUGGGAUUAUUCGGCCCUGGAGUAUCUGGGUCAAGGGUUGCCGCGACCUACUUUCCCUCUUUUUCUCAAGAAGCUGGUGUCUUUGUUAAGUCAACCUCCUCUUUUCAUGGCAGUUGUUGCCAUCCUUUGGAGGAUCUGGCGAUCUCGAAAUUGGGUUGUCUUCGAGGGUAAACAGUUUGGGCUCCUAGCCCUGAUGCGUCAAUUUCAUCAACAGUAUGAGGAGUGGGUUCCCCUGCCGGUGGAGCCAUCCCCCCGGUCCUCCUUCCCAGUAUCCCAGCACCAGAGUCCAGUUGCGGCUGGCUCGACUGUGUGUAUGUGGGAUGGGGCUACUAAAAGUGGGUCACAUUCGGCUGGCGGGAUAGUGAUCUUGAGUCCGGCUAGGGAUGUUCUUUUUGUGAAAGGGACCCAGUUCCUGUGGAUUGAUGAUCUCCUAGUGGUGGAAUUACUCAUGCUCAGGGAGGCAAUUUUGUGGUGCACCAAUCAUGGCCUAACAGAGAUAAGAUUUGAAGGUGAUGCCAAGGUCGUCAUUGAUAAAAUUAAUCAUGCAGAUUCCAGGGAUAACCGGAUGGGGGUGGUUCUUGAAGAAGUUAUUCAUUAUUUUGCUGCUCAUUUUUGGGUUUUUUGUUAGAUUUUCAAACCUGGCUGAACUCCAUAAUGUAACUGUCUCCUUUUUUCAAUCAAUAUGAUUAUCUUUUGUAAAAAAAAGGGUUAGCCGUUUUGUUUUACGACCCGAGACGACAAAUCGACGAGUACAUAUCUAUUCACUGACUUAUCAAAAGAUAAGACCGAUCAUAAUUAUCAUCGAUCGAUCAACGACUAGCAAAUUACAACAUUAGAAAGACACAAAUCAACUCCAUUCAAAUACGCUACUUGAAUGGAACGCUGAAGAGGUCUGGAACCUGAAAGAUUAUUUUGGUUUUGCUGGAAGAUGGUGGCAUUUGGAAUAAAGGAUCAUAUUGAGUUAUUCACUUUGUAAAUGUAAAGUGAUGAAUUUUCGUACAAGUCUAGCUAGUAGCUGUUUUUGCGUCUUGUUGUUUGUCAACAGUGACCAGUACCUUGUUGACUGUUGUGCGGCUCGAUCAUGUCAUUUAGCUACUAAAUACGAAUAAUCUAGUCUUUAAGUUGUAAUUAAACUUGAUUAGGAAAGGAGUGCUAUCUAAUUAUAAUGAAACCCUAGCAGCUGCAAUCAAACCAGCGUAAUCAGGGUUUCAGUGGAUUUUUGGCCUACGUAUCAGGUUUUGUUUUACAUGAUCUCAUAUAGGAUAGGCCAGGCCUAUAGCUGGAUCGGUCUUGGUAGGUGUAGAUAGAAUUAGGUUGAGUGGCUGCCAUGGCAUCACUCGGCAGUGUCAAGCAGUUAUAGUGAUCAUCUAUACAAAUUCGUUAGGUCGUGAUCAUGUUGCUGAUUCAGUCCUUUGUGUAUAUGAAUCCCUAUAUUAUGUAAUCACAAAAUUAACUUGUUCAAAUAACUCGAGUUGUUGGGAGAUGUCUGUGUACAGUGUAUAUAUGGAUUUUAAUCACUUCUUUACAUGCUUCUUAAAACAAAAGUCAACCGAUCAUAGGUUUGAACCGAGCUCGAGCUUUCAUUUUCAUAAACGAGCCGAGAUCAAGCUAGCAUAUUAAAGCUCGUGACGAACACGAGUCGAGCUCGAGUUUGGAAAUAUAUUAACGAGCCGAACCCGAAGUAUGACAAAUCUCGACUCGACUCGGCUCAUUAACAACCCUACUAACAAGUAGGCCGAAUCAAACAAAGUAUUUGGACAUCCGGCCACAUAUCUAAAGUCGGCAUAUCAUGAUUCAAGGCCAACGAAACCCUCUUCGUGGAUCGUGGUCCAUCAAACAUAUCAAUCGCUGGAACUUUUAAUAGACACUUUUGGAGGAAUUGCAACCAUUUCCGGCCUAGACUUUCUCCCUUCCCUUCACUAUCCCGUCCAUUCUUUUGUGGGGGUAGUGCUGCAUGCGACAGCAUUCAUUUGCAUGAAUCCAAGGCCAAAACUGUGCGACACGACCCACCAUAGAUCCAACGAAAGAUGCUUACUACUCAUUCUAUCAAGAUAUUCAUGUCAUACACGGGUGCAAUUUCAUGUACAACGAAAAAGUGUCGGAUGAUGUUCAAAAAGAUGUCAAAUUUGCAGUAGGAUUAUGUUACGUACUAAGUAAACUAGAAAGAAGGCCGCAUUUCAUAGCUGUAGAAGUGUAGUGGGUGACAAACUGAUUUGGAAGCUCAUGAUUUCAACUAAUGUUUGCACGUUAUCUCCAUUUUUGAACCAAUUGUCUUCUAUAUUAAACAUUUUAUGUUAAAUAACUUCAAAUAUAAUGAGUUCUUUUAUACGGAAUACUUAUUAUGCCAAAUAAAAAAUCAUUAAAUUAAGUUUUAGUACAGCG